CACAGAUAGGCCAUGUCUGGUCCAACUGAUGAGACUGCAGGAGACCUGCCUGUGAAAGAUAUAGGUCUAAACCUCUUUGGAGCAGGAGGGUUACAAGAAACUUCAACAACACGGACAAUGAAGUCUCGCCAAGCAAUAUCACGUGUCAGUCGUGAAGAACUGGAAGACAGAUUUUUGCGUUUGCAUGAUGAGAACAUUUUACUUAAACAGCAUGCCCGUAAGCAAGAGGAUAAAAUUAAAAGAAUGGCCACCAAGUUAAUACGGCUAGUUAAUGACAAGAAAAGAUAUGAGCGGGUUGGUGGCGGCCCCAAGCGGCUGGGACGAGAUGUGGAGAUGGAAGAAAUGAUUGAGCAGCUGCAAGAGAAAGUUCAUGAGCUUGAAAGACAAAAUGAAGUCCUCAAAAACAGACUAAUUUCAGCCAAACAGCACCUUCAAAUCCAAGGUUACAGGCCAUACAAUUAUGUACAGUCUCGUAUUAACACUGGGCGUAGAAAAGCAAACGAAAAUGCAGGCUUACAGGAGUGCUCCAGGAAAGGUAUAAGACUCCAAGAUGUAGAUGUAGCAGAAACUGUACAACCUGUGCUUACAAAAUAUGGCAAUAGUUUACUUGAAGAAGCCAGAGGAGAAAUAAGAAAUUUAGAAAAUGUUAUUCAGUCACAAAGAGGCCAGAUAGAAGAGUUAGAGCAUUUGGCUGAGAUCCUGAAAACUCAGUUGAGGAGGAAAGAAAAUGAAAUUGAGUUAUCUCUUCUUCAGCUUCGUGAGCAGCAAGCUACAGAUCAAAGGUCAAAUAUUCGGGACAAUGUAGAAAUGAUUAAGCUUCAUAAACAACUAGUGGAGAAAAGCAAUGCUCUUUCAGUAAUGGAAGGAAAGUUUCUUCAGCUUCAAGAGAAGCAAAAAACUCUCAGGAUCAGCCAUGAUGCCUUGAUGGCAAAUGGAGAUGAGCUAAAUAUGCAGCUCAAAGAGCAGCGUUUAAAAUGCUGCAGUCUUGAGAAACAAUUACAUUCCAUGACAUUUUCUGAAAGAAGAAUAGAAGAGCUGCAGGAUAGAAUAAAUGAUUUAGAAAAGGAACGGGAACUUUUAAAAGAAAACUAUGAUAAACUUUAUAACAGUGCCUUCAGUGCUGCCCAUGAAGAGCAAUGGAAGUUAAAGGAACAGCAGUUGAAAGUACAGAUUGCUCAGCUCGAGACUGCCUUAAAAUCUGAUUUAACAGACAAAACUGAAAUCCUUGACAGAUUAAAAACUGAAAGAGACCAAAAUGAAAAACUCAUUCAAGAGAAUAGAGGACUUCAGUUACAGUGUCUGGAACAAAAGCAACAACUCGAUGAACUUAAAAACCACAUGAAGUUUUUCAACCAGGAGAGUGAUAUUAAUGCUGAUGAACUGAGUGAAGCUCUCCUGCUUAUAAAGGCUCAAAAAGAACAAAAAAAUGGAGACCUUUCAUUUUUAGAGAAAGUAGACAGUAAAAUUAAUAAAGAUCUGGAACACUCCAUGAGAGAGCUGCAAGCAACUCAUGCAGAAACAGUGCAAGAACUUGAAAAGACAAGAAACAUGCUAAUCAUGCAGCAUAAAAUUAACAAAGAUUAUCAGAUGGAAGUUGAGGCAGUGACCCAUAAGAUGGAAAGUUUGCAGCAAGAUUAUGAACUUAAAGUGGAACAAUAUGUUCAUCUUCUUGAUGUCAGAGCUGCACGCAUCCAGAAACUAGAAGCCCAAUUAAAGGAUAUUGCCUAUGGCACCAAACAGUACAAAUUUAAACCAGAAAUCAUGCCAGAUGACUCUGUCGAUGAAUUUGAUGAAACCAUCCACCUAGAACGAGGCGAAAAUCUAUUUGAAAUCCACAUCAACAAAGUAAUCUUUUCUUCUGAAGUUUUACAGGCAUCUGGAGAUAAAGAGCCUGUCACUUUCUGUACCUAUGCUUUCUAUGAUUUUGAACUACAGACAACUCCCAUAGUUCAAGGCCUUCACCCAGAAUAUAACUUCACUUCUCAAUAUCUUGUUCAUGUUAACGACUUAUUUUUACAUUAUAUUCAGAAGAAUACUGUCACACUUGAAGUCCACCAAGCUCACAGCACAGAUUAUGAAACACUUGCAGCAUGUCAAUUGAGAUUCCAUGAAAUUCUAGAAAAAAGCGGUCGAAUAUUUUGCACAGCAAGUUUGGUUGGAACUAAAGGAGACAUCCCAAAUUUUGGCACGGUAGAAUACUGGUUCCAAUUAAGAGUUCCCAUGGAUCAAGCAAUUCGACUUUAUCGAGAAAGAGCGAAGGCUUUGGGAUAUAUAACAUCAAAUUUUAAGGGGCCAGAGCAAAUGCAAUCGUUAAGUCAGCAAGUACCUAAAACUGCUCAGCUCAGUUCAACAGAUUCCACAGAAGGCAACUUAAAUGAACUUGACAUUACAAUAAGAUGUUGCAACAACCUGCAGUCCCGAGCUCGCCACCUGCAGCCACACCCAUAUGUUGUGUACAAGUUUUUUGAUUUUGCAGACCAUGAUACAGCCAUCAUUCCCAGUAGCAAUGAUCCACAGUUUGAUGAUCAUAUGUGUUUCCCAGUGCCAAUGAAUAUGGAUUUGGAUCGAUACCUUAAGUCAGAGUCUCUGAGUUUUUAUGUGUUUGAUGAUAGUGAUACCCAGGAGAAUAUUUACAUAGGAAAAGUCAAUGUGCCUUUGAUUUCAUUGGCACAUGACAGGUGUAUCUCAGGACUAUUUGAGUUAAUAGAUCAUCAAAAGAAUCCUGCGGGCACUAUCCAUGUUAUAUUAAAAUGGAAAUUUGCUUAUCUUCCACCAAGUGGAUCGAUAACUACUGAAGUUGAAGGAAAUUUCAUACACAGAGAACCAGAAGUUGUUCAGGCACUACCUUCAACAUCCUCUGUUAGCACAUCAGUUGCAGUACCAAUACCUAAACCUAGACGUUUAACACCUGUAGAGAAGAAAGUGUCUUUUGUGGAUAUCAUGCCACAUAGGGAUUCUUGCAAGGAGACUUCUCCUCCUCCUGAAGAUAUGAAGGAAAUUUCACCAGAAGUGGAUCAUACAGCAAAAAUAGAAAUUAAUACAACAACUAUUUCAAAUAUUCCCAAGCAGGUUUCUCAGGAAGGCAAUAUAGCUAAGGUAAAAGAGAAUACUGAGAAAAUCCAGCAAGAAAAAGAUGAUGAUGUAUCUUUACUCUCUGAGGGUCAACUUGCAGAACAAAGCUUGGCUUCUUCUGAGGAUGAAACAGAAAUAACAGAAGAAUUGGAACCAGAAGAUGAAGAGGAUAGAUCAGAUUCUGACAGUGAUGAUUGUAUUAUUCCAAGUCCUAUCUCCAAUAAUAUCAAACAGCCAUCAGAGAAAAUUCGGAUUGAGAUCAUAGCUUUAAAGCUUAAUGAUUCUCCAAUAACCACAGAUGACACUAUCCAAAGGCUAUUCAUUGAGUGCCGAUUCUACAGUCUCCCUGCUGAAGAGACGCCUGUGUCGCUUCCAAAACCCAAGAACGGGCAGUGGGUCUACUAUAACUAUAGCAAUGUGAUCUACGUGGAUGAGGAAAACAACCAAGCAAAGAGAGACAUCUUAAAAGCUAUACUACAAAACCAAGAAAUGCCUAAUAGAAGUGUUCGUUUCACCGUUGUCACCGACCCCCCAGAGGAUGAGCAGGAUCUGGAGUGUGAGGACAUUGGCGUUGCUCAUGUUGACCUCGCUGACAUGUUUCAGAAAGGGAGAGACAUCAUCGAGCAAAAUAUCGAUGUUUUUGAUGCACGAGCAGAUGGUGUAGGUAUUGGCAAGCUCAAGGUAACAGUUGAAGCUCUCCAUGCCCUACAGUCUGUCUACGAGCAAUGCAAAGGACUAGGAGUCUUAAAAGGACCUGCUCCAGAGGCAUCUCCUACUUCUGAGUAAAUGCUCACUUGAAGUUUCUGGAUGAGAUUGUGUGUAAUUACUCUGGUUUGUAUAAUCUAUAAUUCAUGGGAAGCAGGAGUCCUGGGUUUGAAAUGUUCAAGUUUUGUAUAGUUUUUCAUUUGUUUAUUUUGCUAUUCCCUCCUUCCCCUGACUGCUGCCCCUCAGGACUUCAGUUCUCCACAAUGGGCAGCACCUUCUCAAUAAUUUAUACCUCAUGAUAGCAUGAGAAAGCCUAUUUGCAUUUUCAACAUUUUCUUAUGAAGAACUGAAAUGCAAUUCCCAUUUUUAUUUUUAAUAAGCAAAAACAUAAAUCUUAGAAAACCUAUGAAAGAGAAGAUACUUUUAUGUUAUCCCUAAUCGUCCCACUAAAUGGAAUGCUUAUGAUUAGCCUCAUUAAGAGUUUUAUACUGUGAAGAUUUUAUUAGAAGCAAUAUAUGAAAAUUACUUGGAUUAAUGUGUUAAUCUUUCUCUUUAAAAUGCUAAUAUCCAUUUUAUGCACAUUAAAGCUCAGUAUGCAUUUUCUUUGAUGCAUGCAGUUUCUAUCAAUUAAAUAUAAAGAAGGAGACUUGGCACUAACUUACUAGAUUACUGCAAGUUUUUUGUUUUUCUUUCUUAAAAAUUAUAGUUCUUCCUGUUUGUAUUAUUUUCAUGUAUUCGUAUUGGUGAUAGGGGACCCAGGGAUAUAUGUGUAUAAAGAAAAAUGAUGGAUAGAUGGAUGUGAAAUUUACAUUUUGAAAACUUAGCUCAUGACAUAGAAAUUAUUUAAAGUGUGACUCAAAUUCCGAUAUGCUUAGUUAGACCUGAAAGGAGUAUCUUUUUAUCAUGUUUUAAAUUUACAUCAAGCUUAGACAAUGCUGGGGUGUAUCUGGAUAACCAGAUCCUCAAAAAGCAGCUCAGAAAGUUAAUUUUCUAGCUUUUACCCAAUCUCACUGAAGGAUUUAAUUGAUAUUUUUAAUGGAGCUGUGAAUCAAUGCUGCAAAGGAAUUGUCUCUAGAGGUCUAGGAUAUAAUGCAUUUCAUUUUUUAAUUUACUUUUUUAUUUGUCAUUUUCUUCAAAGGAUUUUUAUAGGCUGUGGGUUUUCACUGUUUGCAAACAGGCUAUGUUCCUUCUUAAGCAUAUGUAAAGUAUUCAGGGAGAUAAGUAAUUUAUUAAAAUCUACCUAAUUUGCCGUGAUAUAUUAAAUCUCUGCUUCAGUGAUCACAGACCAUUUCAUUUAGAGAAUUAGGCAUUCCCUCUUUGUGUGAUUAAAGCUCUGGAAAAUGAGUUCUUUGCUCCUAUUUGUGAACAUUCAAAGCCUGCUAAUGGCAAGAAGAUGGAAUAGAUUAUGAGACAAUUCAUUACAGUUCAACAGGAAAAAAAAAGCAGCUAUAAUGCAAAAAUGCAAGUAUGAAUAUCUGCAUAUAGUUUGAACCAUCUGUGCUCUAAUGGCUUCAAUAAUGACUCUCGUCUUUAGGAGGCUUUGAAAUGACAUCCGUACAAUAUUAAUUUGUUGAUGUACAUUGCGGGACCAGUAGAGUAUGAUCUGACCACAGAAAUCUAUAAAUUCUGUCUCUACCAUUGAGCCUCCCUAUCCUGGGGCCUGCCAUCUCCAAGGAGAAGCUUGUUCUCAUCAAACUCUGCAAAUCUUCCUAACAGCUCAUUCCUCUGGAACCUUCUAGAGACCACAAACAUCUGCAGACAAAACCUCUCCAAUCCUAGUAAACAACCACAUGUUUGUUGUCACUUCAGCUGGCUCUGAGCUCAUCUUUUUGGCCUCUCUUUCUAGCUUUCUUUGGCUUUAUGCAGUUACAGUGUCAUUAAGGCCCAUAAUAUUCCCUCCAGUAAUUUAAAACAGCCAGAUUAUACCCUGGGAUUAACUGAGUGGUUUUUGAGACAUUUAUUGUGGUAUUCUCCCAGGAGGUUUGUAUUAUUGUUUUAAAAUGUUACAUCCCAAACUAAAUACCCUUUCUAUAGGGAAAAGAACUGGAUUGCACUGACUUCUUAGGAUCUUCAAGUAAAGAGGGCAAGUUUUUAUUAGGAAACUUCUGGGAGCUAUUCAGCGGUACAGAAUGUAUGUCUCAGAUAAGAUUAGAGAAUUAGCCAUGUUUCUGUUGUGUUCAUGUGUACUAGAAUAUAAUAUCAAAGACUUCUCUUCUGGUUUUAAAAUACUCAGCUUCAAUUCUUGCACACUUUCACAACAUUCAUUUUCACACACAAUGGCUGCUGACACAUAUCAAAGUGUGUCAGUAGUAUUGAGUGCUAUCAUAUAUGGAAGUCCCUUGGGAUAUUUUUGUGUUUGUCUUGUGUUAUCCAGAGUUCAUUGAAAAGUUCAUACCUUUUGGGUUCACAAAUGAUGGUUUUUUCUCAGUGAGCCAAGCAUGAUCCAUUAAGUGUGACUAGAGUGAGGAGCUGUCAUGAGCAGCCUUGCCACACAGACACUCUAGUUCAAGGUGAGGCUUGGAUGAACUUAACAGCUUUUAGUGUAACUACGCAGUACACUCAGCACUUUUUUGGGCGGUAAUGCUUUUAGUUUGGAAAUAUAAAUAGAGAUGUAAUGUGGUAUGUGGGAGAGUGUAUUUUACAUGUUUUUUUGCCUACUGUAGUAGAAAUGUCAAAUUCCCAGCCACUGUCAUGAGAAGCAGUUGACAAAAAUAAGUCUUAUGGUUUACAGUGUGGUUUACGUAGAGAACAUUUCUCUUCACUCUCAGUUUCAACAUGUUUUCUAAAUUAUCAUGGUUUGUUGCCGUUUAACUUAAAUUAGUUUUUUUAAAGAAUAAAUAGAGAAUAUGUUUAAUCAAAUAAA